AUGGCUGCCGCAAGCAUUCUUGCUCCAGCCCUAGACUCGACUAUCGUGAUCGAAAAGCGUAGUUCGACGGCUGAUCGAAUCGCCGCCGACCCUAGAAGCAAUUCCAUCCGCGUUGUUGCCCCUUAUGAAUACAAAGAAGCUGCCAAAUGUCUUGCCGAGGCGUUCAAAGAUGACCAUGUUGUCCGAUACGCGAUUGACACUCCUGACCGAGCCCACUGGAGCGAAGAAGAGAAAUAUGCGCUCCACUUACAAGCCAUGGAAUACGUGACCUACGCCCACUGUCUGAAAGGACUUGUGACCACCGUAGGUCCUGACUAUGAUUGCGUUGCUUUGUGGAUGCCGCCCGGCAAGAACAUCGAUGAUCUGCUCACCAUUCUCCGCAGUGGUAUGUGGCGCCUGAAUUGGCAAUUGAGCAAAGAAGGUAGGACGCGUUUCUUCAAGGAGUUCCUUCCUCUUCUUGCAAGCACCAAAACAGAGGUGCUAGGUGAACGUGAUAACCAUGCCUGGUAUCUCAAUUAUAUCGGUACUAAGGCUGGAAGUCGCGGUAAUGGUUAUGCUCGACGCUUGAUCGAGCACGUUGGAGACGUGGCUGACCGCGCAGGACAAGCUUGUUACCUUGAAAGUUCUCAUGACAUCAAUAUCAAGAUUUAUGGAAAGAUGGGUUUUACCCUGCGAAAGCAGAUCUGGCUUGGUCUUGACGAAACCAUCAGAAUGGAUGUCAUGGUCAGGGAGCCGAAGGGUGUUCUCAAGGAAAAGAUAUAG